GCGGCCUCCUCCCGGCCGCCAUGGCCGCGCCCGCCGCGGGGACCGAGCUGCCCGUGCCCGAAUCAGGUGCUGUUUUCACAUUUGGGAAAAGCAAAUUUGCAGAAGAUAUUCCUAGCAAGUUCUGGUUCAAAAAUGACAAGCCUGUACUUAUAUCAUGUGGAGAUGAACAUACAGCUAUUAUUACAGGGAAAGGUAAACUAUACAUGUUUGGCAGUAACGACUGGGGCCAGUUAGGACUAGGAUCAAAGAACACUGUCAGCAAACCAACGUGUGUUAAAGCUUUAAAACCAGAAAAACCAAAACUUGCUGUUUGUGGAAGAAACCACACUUUAGUUUACACAGAAAAAGGAAAUGUUUAUGCUGCUGGAGGUAACAGUGAAGGCCAGUUGGGGUUAGGUGACACAGAAGAAAGGACCACGUUUCAUUUAAUUAGCUUUUUUACCAAGCAGCACAAGAUCAAGCAACUAUCAGCUGGAUCAUACACCUCAGCAGCAGUAACUGAGGAUGGGAAGCUCUUUGUGUGGGGUGAUAAUUCAGAAGGUCAGAUUGGCCUGGCCAGUGAAGCCUCUGUCAGUGUCCCCUGUAAAGUGGAUAUUGGAAAACCUGUUUCCUUUGUAUCCUGUGGAUAUUAUCAUUCUGCCUUGAUUACAGGAGAUGGUGAGCUCUAUACUUUUGGAGAACCUGUGAAUGGGAAGCUGGGAUUAUUCCCUGAACAGCUGAAGAACAAUAGAGUCCCACAGCCUGUACUUGGAAUUAUGGAAAAGGUUAAUAAGGUUGCUUGUGGUGGAGAACACACUGUGGUGCUGACAGAGACAGAUGUUUACACUUUUGGACUUGGACAAUAUGGGCAGCUGGGACAUGGAACUUUUGUGUUUGAAAGUUCAGUACCGAAGCCUGUGAAACACUUGAGGAGGCAUAAAAUAUGUAACAUUGCAUGUGGGGAAAAUCACACUGCUGUGAUAGCAGAGAAUGGCCUCAUGUUUACUUUUGGAGAUGGACGACAUGGCAAGCUAGGAUUUGGAGAAGAGAGUUUUACAAAUCUCUUUGAUCCCACUCUGUGUUACAAUUUCUUGAAGUUCACGGUCCUUUUGGUUGCUUGUGGGGGUUGUCACAUGCUGGUUUUUGCUGCUCCAAGACCUAAAGGAUCUGAGGUAAUCUUGGAAGAUUUAUGUGAGCCUCGUUUGACUGCUACUCUCCCUAAAAUGAGUGGGGACUUUGUACUAGCAAACACUUUGCAAUUAUCAGCAGCACGGAUACGACGUCGAGAGAGGGAAAGGUCACCAGAGCAGUUUGUUCGAAUGGCACAAACUCUGCCUCCAAUGGGGGAAAGCUCCUUAAAAUCUUCGUUGCCUGUGACAAGCAACACCAGCCCAUUCUGGUUUUCUGCAAAAAGUCAUCCUAAAGCUGAAUCUGUAAGGGAUGGAGACCAUGAAAAAGAAAAUAACCAUCAAAAAGAUAAACCUGGUGAAGUCUCUUCAGAUCUAGAUUCAGAUAAUGAAAAUAUUGACAGAAACCUUGGGGAUACAACUGACAUCCUAAAUAUGACACAUGCAAUGAAGUUGAAUCCUGGUGACUGGUCCUUAAAAUUAUCACCACUCCAAAAACAGAAGGAAGGGCAUAACAGUGAGCACAUCAGAAGAUUUCCAAAAGAGGAAGGUAAGAACAAUAAAAAUGUGAAACUGAAAAGAGAUGGUAAGGGUGGGCUGGAAAACAAGGAUUCUGAUUUCACAAAGGAGGGCUCAGUGUCAGAGUCUGUAUCUUUACAAAAGCAACCUUCACUUUCAGAGUCACCUGGACAAGAUUUAGAAAACACUAGUGCCUUUAUAGGGAAGCUUGUGGCCAGAAAAAGUAUAAAGAAAGGUAAAUCUGAGCAUGCACAAAGUGAUACUACUUUGAAAAGUGGUGCUCAAGAAAUUACUGAUGAAAAAAGCAUAUUAGUGAAAACGGAAAAAGAGUGUGUGGAAAAUCCUGAAAUUUUCAGAGAGGAUGGGACAUAUAAUCUUCCCACUGAAAAUCAAAUUCUGACUGAAAAAAUAAAUUCUUCCAAUAAAAAGCCAAAAGCUGUUAAAUCUAAGCAAUCCCUUAAAAUAGAGGUAGUUCCUUCUGCUCCCAGGGAUCAGCCCCAGACUGAUUCAUUAAUUGUACAAGAAUACAUUCCUGUUAAAAAGCAAGGGAGUCAGAAAACAACAGAAAGUCAAAACAAAUUAAAGGAUGGUAUUGAAAAAUCUGACAAGUGCGAAAGAAUAAAUGUCACAGGAGAAGAAAGUGGUGCAGAACAGAAGGAGCUUAAAAAAACCCAUCAGUUUCUGAAACAAAUAUCUGUAACUUCAUCUUCAACUGAGGAAAGUACUAAUGAUAUCCAAAAAUACAUACUUAAGGAAGAGGUCCACUAUGAACACAGAGUUGUCCAGAGGGCAAGGAGAACAGUGACACAUCUGGACUUAGAGAAAGACAGUGAGAUUGAGGAGAUGAAAGCUACAAACAGUGAGAAACAAUGUGUAGAACAGACUGAUUUAAAAAGCCUGAAUGAGGAAGAAACAAGCUCUGAUGCUAAAUCUGAUGAAGACAGGCCAUUAGAAAUUAAGAAUGAGGAGGAAUCUGAUCAGGAGCAGGAGAGUGAAGCCAGUGAAAAGAACGAAGACAGGCCAUUAGAAAUUAAGAAUGAGGAGGAAUCUGAUCAGGAGGAGGAGAACGAGGGCAGUGAAAAGGGUGAAAGUGGAAAAGAAAAACUGGAUGAAACAAUUGACAGUGAAGGUAAACUAGGGGAGGAAGAAGAGAGUGAGGUUAAAAAAGAUAGAGAUGAAGUUUCGGUAGAAAAAGAUGAAGAGGGAAAAGAUAAUGAGGAAGAAAAUGAAGAAUCACAGGCUGAAAGAGACAGUGGAAAUGAGGGUGCAGAGGAGGUUGAAGAGGUCAGCCUGCAAGAUGGCAAAGAUCAAGGAGAUGAGCAAGGCAGGUUGAUAGAGAAAGAAGAAAUGUUGAGUGAGGGAGAAAAUGAGGAUAUGGAGGAGAAGCAUGAGAAAGAGGAAGGCACUGAAAAAGAAAAAGAGCAGGUCAAAAGUGAGGGAAGAGAUGAGAGUGAGGAAGAAGGGGAAGAUACAGAGGAAGAGGAAGAAAAAGAGGUAGAAGCAGAAGAGGAAGGAGAAGAUGAAAAGGAUGAAGGAAAAAACAAAGAAAAGGAGAAUGUAAAAGACAAAAAGGGUGAAGAGGAGGAUUUGGGAGAAUCGUUGUCAGGGAGGGAAGAAGAGGUAUCUGAAGAAGAACAGUAUGAGAAAGAUGCAAAUACAAAAACUAGGGAAGUGGGUGAGGAAGGAGUGGAAGAAGAAAAAGAUGGGGAGGAUGAAGUGGAAGAGGGAACAGAGGAUGAGAAAGAGGAAGGAACAGAGGCAGAAGCAGAAGGGGAGGAGGGGGAAGAUGAUGAAAAGGAAGAAGGGGAGGAAAAUGAAGAGGAAGGGGAAAAUGAAGAGGGAGAAGGAGAGGAAGAAGAUGAGGGAGUAGGGGAGGAAGAAGAGACUGUUGGAGAAGAUGAGGGAGAACAGGGAUUGGAAGAGGAAGAGGAAGAUGAGGAAGAAGGAGUGGAAGCAGAGGCAGCGGAAGAAGAGGGGGAUGAGGAAACAGUAGAGGAAGAAGAAGAGGUAGAGGAGGGAGAAAAGGGAGGGCAGGAAGAAGAAGGGGAAGAGGGGGUAGAAGAGGAAGAGGGUGAAGAGGAAGAAGAAGAAGAUGAAGAGGGGGAAGAAGAAAACGGAGAAGAGGGCGAGGAGGAAGAAGAAGAGGGAGAAGGGGGAGAAGGUGAAGAGGAAGAGGGGGAAGAAGAUGAAGAGGAAGAGGAUGUAGGAGAGGAGGAAGAAGAGGAUGAGGGAGAAGAAGAUGAGGGUGAGGAGGAAGAAGGAGAAGAAGAGGAAAAAGCAAAAUAUAAAAAGAAAAACUAUAGUAGCAAACUUCAAGAAAAGAAAAGCAAACCCAGGAAGCCAGAAAAGUUGGGAAGAAGUACUGCUUUACCAAACAGCUCUAAACAAAACACAAAAUCCAAACAUCGUGUAGCAAAUGGUUUACAUAAUUCAGAACAAUUUUGGAACAAUGUACUACCUCAUUAUUUAACUCUAAAGUAGCAGAGACUACUGGAGAUGCAUUUUAAGCCUAUUCAGGAAACAGAUUUAUAUUACUUAAACUUUUCAAGGAAUCAAAGCAUACUAUGAUGCAUAUAAUGUAAGUGCCAAUUUCUUGAAAAAGAUUGAAGAAAAUGUUUAGAUUUAGGAUACUUUUAUGAGAGAAAUCAUACUUUAUUGAUACAAUAAUUUUCACAAUCAUGUUUAUCAAGUAGGAUAUAUAAAAAAAUUAAUUGCUGAGAAGGUAAACUGUGUUUGCCUAUUAAUCAAAGUGUAAUGUCAUGCUGACAAAUGAAUUAUACAUUUUAACAGUAUAAUCUUUGCCUUUGAAUCAGCAAUACACCAAUUAUAGUUGCAGGACAGUUUACUCGAUAAUGUGCCUUACAUAAAAGGAGUUUCAAUAAAUUAGCAAAUGUACCUAUUUAUUAAUUUAUUAUUAAUUUAUUCCCCCUACUUUUUUUCUGCUCAUACACUGGUAAAAUGUUCAAGUAUUUAAAUUAAAAGAAAGGACAAGUUGCCAAAUUUACAUGGGGCAGCAGAUGGGAGGUAAAGAAAUGCAGGCCUGAGUAAGUGAUGGCCUAGGACUUUUCAAGGGCUUUAAGGCUGACUUCUUAUUUUGGUAUCAGCACACAACUCUGUGUAAAAAGACACACACAGAUCUCAGAAUCUGGCAUAGAUUACAUGAGAAUGCAGGGAUAAUUUUUGAUCAUUACACUUGAUGAUUAGAUAGAACUAAGAAUUUGAAAUGAACACCUCUAAAACUUUUUUUAUUUGUUUGUACUGUGCAAUACACAAAAGAUUCUAUAUCUGCCUAUGAAAGACUACAUCACAUUAGUCCUCUAACUCUCAGCUACUCCAGGAGGGGGAAUAUAUAUUGUUGCUGUGUGAAAUACAUAUGUUUUCAGGUUCAGAGCCAAAGCUCCUCCUCAGUGGAGGAGAUUUAUGGUUUUCUGUCCUAAAAAAAUCCUGUCUGUAAUCUCCAAAAAGAGGUAAAACCCAACAAGUCAGACGGAAUAGUAAAGAAAGUGGCAAAAAAGUCUGAAUUCUAUUUGGAAAAGACAAAGUUAACACUUUUAGAGUUUGCUUAAAAUACACAAACAAAUCUUACAAAUUAUUUUUAGACGAUAAUGUAUCACUCUUUCAACUAUUAGGAACUGAACUGGCAAAUGAAGAGAUAGGGACUCAUCAUGCAGUAUUGCUACUUGAAUAUUAUGCCAACAGGUAGUCUGAGAAAUGUUUGUAAAAAGAGCUCAGUAGAUAUUCUCUAGAAGAAUAGUUAUUUAAAGCCCACUUGAAAAUGAGGAGAGAAGAAGAAAGGACUCAAAAUGAGUAAAUGUCAUUCAAUAAAAAUGUGAAUAGAAUCAAUACAUAUGUUGAGAUUAUGCAAUAUUUUAAUUUUUUUUUGUAAG